UCUGGUAUAAUUACGGUGUGUCCAGAGCCGUUGACCAUAGCGCAACAGCUGACUCAUAUCGAGAUGGAGAGAUUCAGCAUGGUAGGAGUGGAUGAAAUCUUGGUAGCGCUGGCAAACAAUGAUUUGGCCGAACUUGGGCGAAAUAGGAAUGGUGCCAUGGGCUCGAUAUCCUACUAUAUCGAGUGGUUCAAUAGGCUGUCAUCUUUCGCUGCUACGGAAGUAUUGAGACAGCUGCGGAAAAAACAUAGAGUCGAGGUGAUUGAAUUUCUCAUUGACGUAGCGAAAGAAUGCUGUGAGAUCGGAAACUUCAAUAGUCUAAUGGCCAUUGUCGCUGGACUGUCACUACCAGCCAUUACGAGGUUGAAACGAACUGUAAGUGCCUUACUGUUGCUUUUUCAAGGCAGUAUUCUAGAUACGAAAAAAAGUUUCUGCCUCUGUAUGUGA